GGCCGGGGCGGCGAGCGGGGGGCGGGCGCGGCCGCGGAUGCCGCCCCCGUCCCCCCGCCGGCCGGCAACCGGCUGAACCUGGACGUGUCCCCGGGCGGCUGCCUGCUGCUGCUGCGCCUCGUCCGGGAGCGGCCCGACGCCCUGCUGCCCGUGGAGUUCCUCAGGCUGGACGCCAACCAGGAGCCCCUGCUGCCCGCCCUGGACGCCCUCCCCGGCGCCCUCCCGGCCCUCCGCUCCCUCGUCGUCAAGGGCGGGCACCUCCGGGAUGAGGCGGGGGCUUACCGACGAGGGUCGCUGACCUCGCUGCCCCCCGACCUGGGCCGCCUGGCCCACCUGGUCCACCUGGACCUCAGCUUCAACAGCCUCACGGCCCUGCCGGCCUGCGUGGCCCAGCUGGGCCGCCUGUCUUCCCUCCUGCUGGCCCACAACCUCCUGGAGGAGCUGCCCGAGGGCCUGGCCCGGCUGCGGGCCCUGACCUUCCUGUCGGCCAUGAGGAACCGGCUGCGGGCGCUGCCCCCCGGGCUGGGCGCCCUCCCGGCCCUGCGCGCCCUGGACCUGGCCGAGAACCGGCUGGAGGCCUUGCCCCCCGACGUCGGCCGCCUGCCCAACCUCGCCCACCUCAACCUGGCCGGCAACCGGCUGCGCUCGCUGCCCGACACCCUGGCCGAGCUGCGUUGGCUGCGUGAGCUGGUCGCGCACAGUAACGCGUUGGAGUCCGUCCCCGCCGGCCUCGCCCGCCUCCCGCGCCUGGAGCGCCUCGACCUGCGAGACAAUCGCCUCCGGGCCCUGCCCCCCGAGAUCCGGGACGCCCCUUUCGCGCUCCUCCGGGGAAACCCCCUGGGCGAGCCCGAGAGCCCGCCCCCGGACCCCCCAGGGCGACCGGAGGCACCGGAGAUGGCCGCCCACUUUCUGGGGUCUGACACGGACAGCUUCCCGGUGACGCCGCGGGGCUGCCGGGUGACCCUGGGCCGCGGGGUCCGGCUGUGCUUCCCGCCGGGGGCCGCCCCCACCCCGACCCGCGUCCGCUACCGCCUGCUGCCCCCCGGCCCGCGCCUCGUCCACCUGGAGCCCCACGAUGUCCUGCUGAGCGACGUCCUGGAGCUGCAGCCCCACGGGGUCCCGUUCCAACAGGAGGUGCGGCUGUGGCUGCCGUUUGCCUGCCCCCGAGCCUCCCGGGGGCGCGAGGUCGUGGUCAGGACCCUCGGCGACGGCGGCGGCUGGAGCGACUUGGAGACGGAGGUGGAGCGGGAAGGCUCCGAGGGUCUGUGGGCCAGCUGCCGGGUCCCGCACUUCUCCUGGUUCCUGGUGGUCUCCCGGCUGGUGGAGAACCGCUGCCGGGUGCCGCGGGGCGGGACCCUGCUCUACUCCACCGUGGACCCCGGCGUCAGAGUCACCUUCCCCCCCGGGGUCACCGCCGAGCCCCGCCAGGUCCGCAUGCAGGUGCUGCCGCUGUCGGCGCGGGAGCUUCGUGCGGUCCGGGCGGCGACGGGGGAGCGGGCCGCCGCCGCCGGCCCCCUGGUCUGUCUGGCCCAGGACCACCCCCCCUCACCCCCCUUCCUCCGCCCCGUGCGGGUCCAGCUGCCCCUCCCCCCGGGGGUCAGAGGCCUGACCCUGGACCGCUCCCGCCUGCACCUGCUGCACGGGGACCCGCGGGGCCACACCUGGGAUGACGUCACGGACCAGGUGCGCCUGGAGCUCACCCACCUGUACGCCCUCUUCGAGGUCUCCCACUUCUCCUGGUACUGGCUGUGGUACACCACCAAGACGUGCAUCGGAGGCAUCGCCCGCAAGGUGUACGAGCGCCUGCGCCUGUACCGGGUGAACUUCAUCGCCCUGCAGAGGAAGCGGGACCCCGAGCAGGUGCUGCUUCAGUGCGUCCCCAACCACAAGGUGGACCCCACCCUGCGGAAGCUGCAGGGGCGCUACCGGGGCCCCGAGCCCUCCGACAUCGUGGACAUGUUCGAGGGGGAGCAGUUCUUCGCCGCCUUCGAGCGUGGCAUCGACAUCGACUCCGACCGCCCCGACUGCGAAGCGGGACGGAUCUCGUUCGUCUUCUACUCCCACCUGAAGAACAUGAAGGAGAUCUACGUGUCAACGGAGCGGGAUCGCCAAGGCCAGGACGUGAAGGGGCAGGUCUCCUUCUACCGCGGGGCGGUGCCCGCGGCGGUGCCCGAGGAGGCCGCCCGCCAGCGGAAAGGCCCUGACUCGCUGUGGCUCGCUACGUUGCCCAUCAAGCUGCCCAAGCUGAGGCCGGCCGGCGGGGAGGGGCCGGGCCCCCGCGGCGGACCGGUUCUCCCCCCGCUCGACCUGGGAGACGAAGAGAGCGGCUACCUCACCCAGGCCAACCUGCUGACCGUCGCCGGCCGCGUCGGGCCCGACUGGCAGACCGUGGGCCUCGCCCUCGGCCUGUCCUUCCGCCAGCUCGAGCGGAUCCGUUACAACUACCCGGGCAACCUGGACCUCCAGAUCCAGUCGAUGCUGUUCUCGUGGGCGGAAGGGCAGGAGGGACAGCCCGGGGCCGUGGGCCGGCUGGUCCGAGCCCUGGAGGAGAGCCAGCGGCGGGACGUGGCCGACGAGAUCCGGGCCGUGCUGGCCCUGGGCAGGCACAAGUACCGCGACUCCCUCCGCCGGACGGGGCUGGCCCCCGAGGAGGCCGCCGUCCCCCAGGAGCCCCUCGGCGCCACCGGCUAGGGGGCCGGCGGAGCCCCACCGAGGCCCCGGGGGAGGCGGCCCGCCGGCGACGGACAACCACCGAGGCCCCGCGGGGGCCGCCCGGCUGGGAGACACCGACUGAGGCCCUGUGGAGACCACCCGGCUGGGAGAGACCGACCGGGCCCCAGCGAGAGCCGGCCAGGGGGCACCGACUGAGCCCCCGCGGGAGCCGACUGGCCAUGGGAUGCCGACCGAGGCCCUGUGGAAGCCACCCGGAGGAUGCCAACCCAGCCCCUUUGGGGGCCCCCCCCCCCGAAGCUGGGAGAGACCAACGGCCUCAGCGAGAGCCGGCCAGGGGACGUCAGCUGAUCCCUUGUGGGAGAUGGCCGGCCAAGGGACGCCCGCUGAGCCCCCCGAGGGGGCCGCCCAGCUGGGACAGACCACCUGAGCCCCAGCGAGAGCCAGCCCUGGGGCACCAGCUGAGCCCCUGGGGGGGCCGGCUGGGGGAGACCGACUGAGCCCAUAAUGGAGGGGUGGGAGGGUGGGGGCCCCCAGCCAGGUCCACUGAAAGGGGUGGGAUCGUCAGCCCCUCUCCCCUCCCCUCAAUGCUACGCUAGCCCGUUCCCGGGGCUGACCGCUGGGUCCGAAGUCUCCUCGAGCCUCGGUUCUCCCCCCCGUAAAAUGGGUGCACUCCCCCAGGAUGGGGAGCGAGAACGAGGGCCUGCGCGUCAGCCUCAGGAUGCGGGGGUCCCAUCUCCGGGGUCCCCCGGCCCCGGAUCUGCCUCCCCACCCUGGGCCCGGUGCGGGGACCGGUUGGCCAGAAGUUGCCCCGGCACAGAUGAGGGAAAAGUCCCACCUGGGAUGGGACCCUGGCUGGUCCCUCCGGUCUCUGUUGUUGCUAGUCCAAUAGAUACUGUGAUAGGUAAUGCUAUUUAUGAAGUGCCUACUAUGGGCCGGGCACUGUACUAAGCACUGGGAUAGAUACAAGCUAGUCGGGCCGGACGCAGUCCCUGUCCC